AUGUGGAAUACGACACGGAGCGAGGAGCUGGGGCCCAACCUCACGCUGCCUGACCUGGGCUGGGAUGCUCCCCCGGACAACGACUCGCUAAGAGCCGAGCUGCCACCCCUCUUCCCCGCGCCGCUGCUGGCGGGCGUCACAGCCACCUGCGUGGCACUCUUCGUGGUGGGCAUCGCGGGCAACCUGCUCACCAUGCUGGUGGUGUCGCGUUUCCGCGAGCUGCGUACCACCACCAACCUCUACCUGUCCAGCAUGGCCUUCUCCGACCUACUCAUCUUCCUCUGCAUGCCCCUCGACCUCGUGCGCCUCUGGCAUUACCGGCCCUGGAACUUGGGUGACCUGCUCUGCAAACUCUUCCAGUUUGUUAGCGAGAGCUGCACCUAUGCCACGGUGCUCACCAUCACCGCGCUGAGCGUCGAGCGCUACUUCGCCAUCUGCUUCCCGCUGCGGGCCAAGGUGGUGAUCACCAAGGGCCGGGUGAAGCUCGUCAUCCUGGUCAUCUGGGCCGUGGCUUUCUGCAGCGCCGGGCCCAUCUUCGUGCUGGUCGGAGUGGAGCAUGAGAACGGCACCGACCCUCGGGACACCAACGAGUGCCGCGCCACCGAGUUCGCCGUGCGCUCCGGGCUGCUCACCGUCAUGGUGUGGGUGUCCAGCGUCUUCUUCUUCCUGCCCGUCUUCUGCCUCACUGUCCUCUAUAGCCUCAUCGGCAGGAAGCUGUGGAAGAGGAGACGCGGCGAGGCGGCGGUGGGCGCCUCGCUCAGAGACCGGAACCACAAACAGACCGUGAAGAUGCUCGCUGUAGUGGUUUUCGCUUUCAUCCUUUGCUGGCUGCCCUUCCAUGUAGGACGAUAUUUAUUUUCCAAAUCCUUCGAGCCUGGCUCUGUGGAGAUCGCUCAGAUCAGCCAAUACUGCAACCUCGUCUCCUUCGUCCUCUUCUACCUCAGUGCUGCCAUCAACCCUAUUCUGUACAACAUCAUGUCCAAGAAGUACCGGGUGGCAGUGUUCAAGCUUCUGGGAUUUGAACCCUUCUCCCAGAGGAAGCUCUCCACCCUAAAGGAUGAAAGUUCUCGGGCCUGGACAGAAUCUAGUAUUAAUACAUGA